UUUCUGGCAGCACCCAACACAGCCACAGAGCCAAAGCACACAGGAUACGGGCAAACAACCAACUUAUUUCCAUGUGAGGCUGGACUAAGGGAAACUGAGCAAGUGCUCAUGCUAAAGCUAUCAGCUGCAGGGGGACAGUUUGGACCAGAUUUACUGAUAAUCCAGCAGGAGAGUGUGGAGACAACCUGCUCUGUUGAGCAAUCAGGGCUUUACUUUGUAGUUUUCUAAGAGGCCGUUUUCUUGACUUUUUGUGGAUAUAAGGAUGGUAUGUUCUCAGGCCAUCUGAGAAAACCUGUGUGUGAGUGCUGAGUGCUGAUGGCCAAAUGUAGAGCUGUGGUUUCUGACGAAAAACCCUUCACAGCCACAAUGUCGGCCACUCAGGGAAUAAACCGCAGCAGCUUUUACAACUACUUCCUCAACAUGGUGGCCUAUCAGAUAUGCUGCUGCUGUGGACCAGCUCCCUGCUCUCUGUGCUGUGCCUUCUGCCCUCCAGUCAAAUCCUCCACCAGCACCCGCGUCAUGUACACGCUUUUCCACAUCAUGAGCUGUGCGGUCUCCUGCCUCAUGCUGUCCCGCACCGUCUCUGAGCUGGUCAGGGAAAAUGUGCCUUUUUUCAACAUGGUGUGUAGCCAGGCUCACGGUGGAGGCCACUGUGAGAUGCUGGUGGGCUACUCAGCAGUUUACAGAGUCUGUUUUGGCACAUCCUGCUUCUACUUGAUGAUGGCCAUCUUCCUCAUAGAUGUCAAGUCCAGUCAGGACAUCAGAGCGUUAAUACACAAUGGCUUCUGGUUCCUGAAGUUCAUCACUCUGCUCGGGAUGUGCACUGCUGCCUUUUACAUUCCGACAGAGUCCUUCUUACAAGCCUGGCAUUAUGUUGGUGUGGUGGGAGGAUUUGCCUUCAUUCUCAUCCAACUUAUCCUCAUUACAGCUUUUGCACACACCUGGAACAAGAACUGGUUGACCGGAGCAGCAGAAAACAAGCGCUGGUAUCUGGCAGUGAUGUGCGCCACACUCUUCUUCUACACCAUCGCCACCAUGGCCUUCACUUUCAUGUACAAGUACUACACACACCCCGUCUCCUGCCACUUCAACAAGACCCUGCUGUGGAUCAACCUGGGCCUCUGCGGCCUCGUGUCCUUCAUUGCCAUCACACCAUGUGUGAAGCAAAAGCAACCUCGUUCAGGUCUCCUCCAGGCGUCCAUCAUAAGCUGUUACGUCAUGUACCUCACCUUCUCUGCCCUGUCCAGCCGUCCGCCAGAGAAAGUGGUGUACCAGGGCAUGAACAUGACCCUAUGUUACCCCAGUGCCGGACAGGAAGGUCUGCAGAAUGAAGGCAAUGCUGUAGCCAUCAUCGGAGCAGCCAUCAUGUACUGCUGUGUCCUGUUUGCUUGUAAUGAAGCCUCGUACCUGGCAGAGGUGUUUGGUCCAUUUUGGAUGAUCAAAGUUUACCGCUACGAGUUCCAGAAAGCAACGUGCUGCUUCUGCUGCCCAGAAGAAGAAGAUGUUGAGGAGGAGUUUGUGAUUGAUGACAACACAAAAGGCUGUCAGAAGGUGGUUCACAAUGAGACUCAGCGAGUGGCCUACAGCUACUUCUUCUUCCAUUUUGUCUUCUUUCUGGCUUCGCUGUAUGUGAUGAUGACUCUCACUAACUGGUUCAGUUACGAGUCAGCGGUGUUGGAGACCACCUUUACCCACGGCAGCUGGUCUACCUUCUGGGUGAAAAUGUCCUCCUGCUGGGCUUGUGUCAUCCUCUACCUCUGGCUGCUGUUGGGUCCACUGAGCAGCUGUCAGUCUGAACCCAGACCCCGGCGGUCACGUAUCAAACGGCGUACAGCAUCCUCCCGCCACGUCACUGUCAGUGUCUGACCUGCUCUGGGAGAGGGGGACAAUUAAAAGCAAAAUCAGCUUUUCUGCUUUUCAGGAAGGUGAAAAGGGCGGGCAUCAGAACACUUGGUGCUCUGCUGAUGUGAGGAACGCUGACGUCGAAGACUUUGGAAGACAUUUUAAAGACAUUUGAAUAAAUAAAACCACUGAUAAGGACUUGAUCGUGGUUCAGGAAGUAAUUUAAUUUUCCAUUGCCAAAGGGAUCUGAAGGAGUGAAGUCUCACUUGACUGUAUGGGAAUGACACAGAGUCUAAAUGAUCAUGGACCAAUUUAUGAAUUUGUACAGUUUACAACAUCCUCACAGCUAUUAUUGUUGACAUUUUGUUUGGUUACAGGCACUGCAUUUGUUGCUGCAUGGGUGAAAAACAACGAGUCUGGUUUUAAUAUACUGUUUUUGUUUUGUUUGUAAAACUAUAUUUAAUGCUGAACUUAUUUAAAAGAGUAAGUUUGACCAUUGACUUGAACGAUGUUAUAACAGAUAAAAGGAGCAUCAAGGAAAGACCCAGACUUUGAGCGCAGAGAGCUGUGGCUGAAAAUACCAAAAACAGAUGGAAUAGACAGGUUUAACACUGUGUUACAGUUCCUUUUUCCCACAAACAUAACUUUUGUGGAUUUGGGUUUGUAAUUUACAUAUUUCCCACCACAGCUUAGUAAUCACUGACUGCUGUGCUGAAAAUAAAUUAAAGAGUAGCAUUUAGCCAGACAAAGAAAAAGAGAGGCCACACCUUUUUUUAUAGACCAUAUGGUCAAUGCUGCUCUGUGGGAGUGACGAGGCUGACACCUGGACAUUUAACAUCAUUAAAUAUAAAAAAGACAGUUUUACAAAGUAGAAAUUACUGCAUGUACUCUGUAAUCUGUAAGAAAAAAAAAGAGAAUACAUCAUUACACAUAUUAUAAACUUGUUAAAUUCAUGACCUUGUCAAAAAGGCAGCUUCAGGAGAUGUUUUAUUCUUUACAAAAGUUAUUUUUCUCACGUGUUAUUUGAAACAAAAACAACCUGAAGUGUCUAACGUUGGCUGGAUCACUCUGUUCGUUAAAAGUCCCAUCGACAUUAAAACUGACAGAAUGUUUGAGCGGCAGCUUCAUUGAAAAGUUCAAUGUUUCUUGACACAAAACAGUUGUUGAACUGUCAAAGUCUGGCAAACACACUUGUCUUUGUUCUUGUCCUCUGAGGACAGUGACUGAGGAACAAGUUAUGUCUGUCUCCAUGAUUCAAAUUCAGGAGAAAAUGAUGUUUGUUUACACGUCUUUUUGUUUCCACGUCCAAUUUGAAACCGGGAGUACUAAAAAUAUAUGUACAAUCCAGAGGAAUUUCUCUCGCCUUCAGAUGAUGUCGUCGAUGCUGAGGUAAAUGUGCUGUGAAUCUAAAGUAGGCCUCUGUUUUGGACUUGUCUACAAAGUUCAUGUGGAGGAAACCUGGCAACAGUUUCUAUGACUCUCCCCUUUACUGAAGAGAAGCUGAGCUUUGUGUGUGUCUGCGAUGACUUUUUCCACUCUAAUGAGCAGCUGGACCAUCCAGAGUUAUUUGGUGUCAUCCCUGAACUGUGCUGUAGAUGUGAAGCCUUCUAUAUAAAUACACUGUUUUCUUUAUAAAGCUUCUUUUUUUACUGUGCAUUGUUUGAAAGUGUGCAUUAAAAUGAUAUAAAUAUUUAUACAGUAGGUAAAAUGUUCAUUGAUGAUACAUUUGAACACUACCCUGUACAAACACAAAGGGUUGUUUUUGGUAUGUGUGACUGAGGUUUGAUGAACAGACUGAACAAACAGGCAUAUAGUAAAUCAGUGCCACAAAAUAAAAAUACUGCUGUUUCACAUAAGGUAUUAGAAGCAGACCUGAUUAAACAUGAUAUAAAAUGAAUACCAAACACUGUGAAAGGCAAUUUACAAGUGUAAUGAUUUCACCUUGUUUGUGCAUAAAAAUAUUGUGAGGGCAUACAUUGAAUAUUUUCUGUUAAAGCUAAAAAGGAAAUCCACCUUACAACCCCUGAUGUUGUGUAACAUCAGUUUGUGACGAGAAUUAAACAUGAAUGAAAGACAUUUU